CACUCUGCAGCCCAGGAAAAGUAGCCAACAGACCUGUCACUCUCUCACGCAGACAUGGCUCCCUGCUUAACUUCCUCUUUCCACCAUCUGAAGUUCGCAGAAAAAAACAUGAAGAUAAGGAAACCCAUCGUGGAGAAGAUGCGUCGAGAUCGCAUUAACGGCUGCAUAGAGCAGCUCAAGCUCAUCCUGGAGAAGGAGUUCCACAAAGAGGACCCCAAUACCAAGCUGGAGAAAGCCGACAUCCUGGAGAUGACCGUGAGAUUCCUGAGGCAGCAGCAGCAGCUGCAGCCGGCUCCAUCUCAGAGGGACUACAGCGAGGGUUACUCACAGUGCUGGAGGGAGUCUCUGCAGUUCCUCUCUGGAAGCCCCAAGAGAGACACCACCACCACCUCCGCUGGACCUCUUCAGGGGCUCCAACAGCAGCUCUCCUCCCAGGCCCAGAUAUCCUGCAGCAGCCCGAUGGGCCGCUCCACUUCCCCAGUCUCCUCCAUCUUCCGUGCCACCGCCAAGCUCCAGGACAAAGGAGUUAAAGGUCCAGUCUGGAGACCCUGGUAGAGAGAGUUACUGGAAUCACUGUAAAACCUGAGGGAAACACUGGACUGUAUGUCCCUCACUAUGUAGGAAGUAUGCAUUUCCAACCUCCUCCACCGUUGUGGGUUUACUGAGCUCUUAUUGUCUCAUCACAUUGAUGGCCAUAUAUGUGUGGCACAUUUGAUUUCUGGCAUAUUUGAAGUGAGGGUUGUCACUUUUUUGUGAAAAUUGUUAUUUCUCCUACUUGUUUUGUCACAUGAGAUUUUUUUGUUUGUAUUGAAGAAUUUAGGUAAUUAUUGAGUUAUGAUAUUUUAUUGUGAAAUUUGAAUUGAUGGUGAAAUGAUUGCUUACUCCAGUGGAGUUCAUGUGUUAUGCUAGACUUAACCAGUAACUACAAUAUGCUACUGUAUUUUCGCCAGCAAUUAUUUGAGGAUAUUUCUCUUUUAUUAUUAAUAUGUUAUGUUUGGAUGGAUGUAUCUUUUAUAAAGGGACUAGUGUGUUGGUAUACUUUGUAAUAGCACUGUUGCUAUUGUUCUGAUAGUUUAUAUUGCAUUAAAGAAGCUCUUAAAACUAUGUAUGAUGUGUAUGACAAUGAAACUAUAAUAACAACCUGUCUUUUGUCCAGGAUUGUUCUUUUUGACCAAAUUGUAGUGGAUUUUGCAGUCCACCAAUUCU